CCGAGUGUUCCAUCCAAUUUUGGUAGCAAGCCCCAUAUGUUAUGCACACAAAUGACUUAUUCAGAUGUUAUACAUGUAUGGCCAAUCUGAUAAGGGCUUGACAUGUUCACAAUAGAUGAUACUCAGGACUGUUCCAUUUUGUGCAGCACACUGAGGCUCAUGGGUAAUUUAGCAAGUCUCAUAAAUGUACAGUUAGAAGAGACAUUCGACGUACCUACAUAUAUACGACCUUACUCUAAUUGCCGAAUUAGCCUGAAAGCCUCCCAUUUGACAGACUACUGGCCAAUUGGAAUGGCUGAGCUGUCUACUAGGCAGUUUAAUGGGCACAGACAAAACCUAAUUGGCCUACAUGUAAUGAACUGGUAACGGCCACAGAUACAGUUUGUAAGCCUUAAUGUCUCAGCCAUUUCCGUGACUUAUGGAAUUCCAUAAAUGAAAACAAUGUGAAAUGCAGUAUCCUUCCAGGUACUGAAUGGCUUGGCUUUGCACUACAUCUACCCCAUCAAUCAUUCUGGCCCUCUGGUUUGCAACUGUAUGAUUAAGAUACGGUUAAAGCACUGGAUGCUAUAUGUGGUUACUAAGCCUACACAUUUCUGUACGGUUCACCUUUACUUUUGUGGGGUGUUACUGGGAGGAUAGGCCAAAUUGUGUGGACUGGCUGAAUGUGUUUCCACAGACAAUUAAUGACGACCAUUGUUCUCAGAGGACCACAAUCUCACACCACCUAACUUCUUCGCUAACUCAAUACACCUCUGGCUUCAACUGUAACCAUGAAAAAAAUCUACAGAGUUAUCGCUGCUGUGAUACUGAGUUCUGUGGUGACUGCAGUAGUGGGCACAGACACCUGCUCCUCAUCAGCCACUGCAGCUUGCCCACCGUCAUGGCAACCAUGGGGGAAUUCUUGCUAUCGAUUCACUGAAGAGAAGGCUAACUGGAAUCAGUCCAAGUUGGCUUGCCAGACCAUGGGAGGCAAGAUGGCCGUUCCAUAUUCUCGGGAGGAAAAUGAGUUCAUGAUAAAGAUGGCCCAAAGGGGAAAUAUCCCCCUUUUCUGGAUUGGAUGCACCAACACUAAAGGAGAAGGAACCUGGGUGUGUGAAGGACAAGGGGCAGGUGAGCCAUUCUUUGACUGGAUGCCAAACCGACCAAACAAGAACCACAAAAAAAUAAAAUGUUUUAUUGCUAAUACUACCUACAAAGGAACAGGAGACCAGAAUGACAUUCGAUGUUGCAGGAGGAAAAGAGCUUUAUGUACCUUUCCUCCUUGCACUCAAGCCCAUCAUUACUGCUUUGCUACAGACAACAGUAGACAGCUUCUCAAGAACUCCUGCCUCCUCAAUCACGUCAUCAGAGAGUUUAUGACUAGGAGCAACCUGAAGUGUGCGUCAGCUUGCAUCCAGGAGCCCGUAUGUCGCUCCUUCAACAUCAGGCACAAUGACACAGGACAGAAAGUCUGUCAACUCAACAAUGCAACUCGCCGGGACGACCCAGCUCAGUUUCAAGAUGUGGCUUCUUUCUGCCUCUAUGCCCACGAGUGUGGAAACUAGUCAAGAAGAAAACAGGCAAGAUUUCCUCCAUUAUUUCCAAUUCAAAACUCAAAAUAAUCCUUCCGAACCUAGCAUUCUAAGUAACCAUGGUUCAGUUUAUGUUAAACUUUCUCCCAGGUGACUUACAUGUGUGACUAUGUAGAUCCUGCUGGAGCAGGGUGU